AUUGCACGCAAAACGUGGUAAAAAUGGCCGUAAUAUUGAACACACUUCACGCCAGAGCGGCGACCAGGAUCAGUUUGCGCACGUUUCGGCUGCCGGGCCCGUGCAAAGUCACCCGGCCAAACGCGUUAAGGUCAUUGAAUACCAACACCACUGCCACCGGUUCAUCGCAAUCAUCUAGAUGGCGGCAAAUUUUAUAUACGACGGGAGCGGUGGCCGGAGUGGGCGCUAUCGGCCUGUACUACGCUCUCGACCAGUCGGUGAAGGCGUCGGGCCUGGAGUUGCAUCCGCCCGCCUAUCCCUGGAGUCACAACGGCUUUAUCAAAGGCUUCGACCAUCAGAGUAUUCGCCGCGGGUAUGAGGUGUACAAACAGGUGUGCGCCGCCUGUCACGGCAUGAAGUACGUGUCCUAUCGGGAACUGGUGGGUGUGUCCCAUACGGAGGCCGAGGCCAAACAGGCGGCUUCUGAGGUGUGUAUAGCCGACCCGAUGCUGGUGGAGGGGGUGAUCCAAGUGCUGGACGGCCCGGACGACACCGGGAAGAUGUUUCUACGACCGGGCAAACUGUUCGACCGCUUUCCGUCUCCCUAUCCCAACGAAGAGGCCGCCCGCGCGGCCAACAACAGCGCCCUACCGCCCGAUCUCAGCGUUAUUGUGCUCGCCCGGCACGGCGGCGAGGACUACAUAUUCUCGCUGUUGACCGGCUAUAUGGAGGCGCCGGCGGGUGUGGUGUUGGCCGACGGCAUGCACUUUAACCCGUACUUUGUGAGCGGUUCGGGCUCUAUAGGUAUGGCACAGGCGUUGUUCAGCGAUAUGAUUGCGUACGAAGACGGCACGACCGCCACUCAGAGCCAAUUGGCCAAAGAUGUGGUCACUUUCCUGUCGUGGGCCGCGCAGCCCGAGUACGACAAACGCAAAAAGGCCUCAAUUGAUGUGAGUAGUGUUGCCCCCGAUGGUAGGGUGGGUGUGAAGGGACUGAUUGAUUGCCCGGUCUAUUGUCCCAAAGUACUGCUAAUAAUGAUCCCAAUGCUCGUACUGUUGACGUUCUGGAAGCGGCACUUGUGGUCGACAAUCAAAUCGCGUAAAAUACUGUUCAGAGAGACAAUCAAACCGCCGAAGAAGUCUUAAUCGCCGCCACAAUAGUUAUAUAUUAAUUGCAUUGUAAUUGAAAAUAAUAUUAAUUAUUAUUAAUUAUUAAUAUUAAGUGAAUUAGUUAUGAAUUUUAAUUAUUUAAUUAAUUGAUUAUUUAAAUUGACAGCAAAAAUAUCAGCU